CGAGACGUUUGAUUUCUUUUUUUGUGUGUGAAGACGUCGCACUUGCCUUUCAUAUAGUGACACUAUUAGUUAACAGUUUAUACGAUAUGAUAUCUAAUAAUUAGGUUUUAGUUGUAAUAUCGGAAUUUUGGCAAUUGGUAUAUACUUUUUAUCAAUCGAAGACAAAAAAAAUCGAUUAACCAGGAAGCUUAAUCGCGCCUUGCACUGAGCUGUGAUUGUCAAUAAUAAAAGAGGCCAUGAGACGAGCGCUGCAUUUUGUUUUCAAAGUUGGUGACAGGACCAGAACUGCCACGUUUUACCGAGAUGUUCUGGGCAUGAAGAUUUUACGACACGAAGAGUUUGAGGAAGGCUGCAAAGCAACUUGUAAUGGACCCUACGAUGGGAAAUGGAGCAAGACAAUGUUUGGCUUUGGUCCAGAAGAUGACCAUUUUGUUGCAGAACUGACAUACAACUAUGGAGUGGGAGAGUAUCAUCUUGGCAAUGACUUCUUGGGACUCACUCUGCAGUCGAGCCAAGCUGUGAGCAAUGCUAAACGUCUGGGAUGGCCUCUCACUGAGGUAGCAGAGUCUCUGUAUCUGACCCAGGCUCCUGGAGGAUAUCCUUUCUACCUUGUGGACAAAGAGCAGCCUCCUCAUGAUCCUGUGCAGAAGGUUUGUCUCGGAGUGUCAGACCUCCAGAAAUCAACCCACUACUGGAAUACACUCCUGGGAAUGAAAGUGAUAGACAAGAAUGAGGAAAAGAAAACAGUCCUGAUGGGAUUCACAGACACUCAAUGUAAGCUCGAGCUCCAAGACAUCAGUGGAACAGUUGACCAUGGAACAGCAUUUGGGAGAAUAGCAUUUGCAUGUCCACGGGAGCAGUUGCCGGACCUGGAAGCCUUGAUGAAAAAGGAAAAUCAGAAAAUUCUCACUCCAUUAGUCAGCCUGGACACUCCUGGAAAAGCCACAGUAGAAGUGGUCAUUUUGUCUGACCCAGACGGCCAUGAGAUUUGUUUUGUGGGAGAUGAGGCGUUCAGGCAGCUGUCCAUGGUGGACCCCAAAGGAAAUGAAUUGCUUGAUAAGGCUAUGGCUGAGGAUAAAAGUGAUGAGUGGUUUGCCAAACACAACAAACAGAAGGCUGCUGCAUGAGAUGAAACCUGCACCAUCGAUUUCUCACCAGUUCAUGUGAUGAUGAGAUGCUGUACGAGCCACUUCGAACAUAAAUCUUCCUGUAAUGUCAACUCACUUAUCUUUCAGCUGGCAGUGUGAGAUACGUUUUCCCUUUGAUGCAAGCCAUUAGGUGCUGCUGCACUGACAGAACAUGAUAAAUGGACCAGUUGUUCAAUUUGAUGUAUAUGUUUCCAAUAAAUGUUGCUCCUGUCAAUAAGGCAGAGAGGUGGACAAAUAAAAUCCAUUGAAUGCA